AAGUAGUUUCAUUGUGAUCUCGGGCUGCCGGCGGGAAGCUGCUCCGUUAGCUCACGAGCUGUGUUCUGUUUGUGGUCGGAAAGAGCAGAAAACACGUGACGUUCAUAAGGCCAAUGGGAGACAGCGAUGACGAGUUCGACAGGAGGAGGCGGGACAAGUUCAGGAGAGAGAGGAGCGACAUGGAGCGGUCGAGAGAGAGGGAGGAGAGGAGGAGGGACGACUGGCCCGACAGGGACUGGGACCGCGGCAGAGACAGGAGGCGGGACUACGACCGUGGGCGCAGAGAGAGGUUUUCUCCCCCCCGACACAUCAGCCCUCAGCACAAACGCAUGAGGAGAGACUGGGACGACCACCGGGGGGAGCCGUACCGCUACGACAUGCCCUACGGAGGGGGCGGGCCUCCGUUUCCAGGGGCGGGGCCUCAGGGCUGGCAUCCCGACAUCCCCCACCUUCACCCGCACCACGGAGGUCACCCGCUGCAGGGCAGGUUGGGGAUGGUGGAUCCAGAUCUGCCUCCUCCUGGUCCUCCCACCAUGAGGAGCUUCAAGGAGUUCCUGUUGAACAUGGAGGACAGCGUGGACGAGACGGAGUCGGUGAAGCGCUACAAUCAGUACAAACUGGACUUCAGGCGGCAGCAGCUGCAGGACUUCUUCCUCCAGCACAAAGACCAGGAGUGGUUCCGCUCCAAGUACCACCCCGAUGACAUCACGGCGAGGGAGGCGGAGUCUCUGGCCGCCCUCAAGACCCGGCUGGGCGUCUUCCUCUUCCUGCUGGACAACAACUGGCUGGAUAACAUGUCGCUGGACAUGGAGCACGCCCCCCCCAUCAUCAAGCUGCUGGACGCAGCGGUGAUAAAGAUGGAGGGAGGUACCGACUUAGACCUGCAGGUCCUGGAGGUGCCGACCGCUGCUGCAGCGGCUGGUGGGGAGCCGAGCAGCAGCAGUGGAGGAGCACCAGGAGGUGUUGGUGGAGGAGGAGGUGGGGGAGAAGGAAGAGGAGGAGGUGUUGGUGGUGGUGGAGGAGGAGGAGGAGGAGAAGAAGGUGGUGAUAGGAGUCAAGGAGAUCACAGCGGAGGAAACGUGAGCCGUCAGACCGACUCAGAGAAGACUGGGAGUCGGACAGAAGAGACGAUCAGCGAGAACAAAGUCUCCAAUAAGGUCGGCAAAGACGAGGCCAAGCAGAAUGGAGAGAAGGACGAAGGAGAGGAAGGAGAGGAGGAAGAGGAGGAGGGAGAAAAGAAAGAUGAUGAUGAUGAUGAUGAUGAUGAUGAAGAAGAGGAGGAGGAGAACAAGGAGAAGACGACAACGGCCAGGAAGAGGAAACGCAGCGUGUCGGUCGACAGCGGCGAAGGCAGCGCCUCCGAGUCUGACUCCUCCCACUCCGAAGGAGAGAAGGAGGAGGAGGAGAAGGAGAAGGAGGAAGAGGAGGAGGACGGCGAGGAUGAGUCAGAGCGUCGUAAAGAGCGAGGGAAGGAGAGAGGGAAGGAGAGAGGGAAGGAGAGGGGAAAGGAGAGGGAGAAGGAGGUGCCAGCUAAGCCCCGCCCUCUCCACCUCACCACGUCUUUGUUCAUCCGGAGCAUCCCGCCAGAGGUGUCCAAGGAGGAGAUCACUGCUUUGUGUCGCAGGUACCCGGGCUUCCUGCGGGUGGCGCUGUCGGACCCUCAGCCAGAGAGGAGGUUCUUCAGGAGGUGCUGGGUGACGUUUGAUCGCAGUGUGAACAUAAAGGAGACGUGCUGGAACCUUCAGAACAUCAGGCUCAGAGACUGUGAAUUGUCUCCGGUGGUCAACAGAGACCUUUGUCGACGCGUUCGUACCGUUAACGGUCUCACGCACCACAAGCCGGUGGUGAGGAACGACAUCCGUCUGUCGGCCAGACUCGUCCACGGUCUGGACCAGAAGGGGGCGCUGUGGGCCGGUCAGAUGGAGACCAACCCCGUCCUGAAGAACAUCACAGACUACCUCAUCGAGGAGGUGAGCGCUGAGGAGGAGGAGCUAAUGGGAGCUUCAGGGGGCGGGGUCGACGACGCCAAAGACCCCACCUCCUCCGAGGUCGCCGUGGAGACAGACGACAAGCUGCUGAAGGUGCUGGACAGGCUGCUGCUCUACCUUCGGCUGGUUCACUCAGUAGAUUAUUAUAACUUCUGUGAAUAUCCGGCGGAGGACGAGAUGCCUCAUCGCUGUGGACUGAUCCACGUACGAGGACCUCUACCUGUAGCCAGGAUCACUGCAGCUGAAGUGAGUGAGCAUCAGAGGAUGUGUGAGGAGCGUCUGGCUCCUCUUCUUUCUCCUUCGGAGACUCUGAGUGAAGACGACGCCGCGAGACUUGGGAGGAAGGAGCCAGAGCAGGAGGUGGAGAAGUUCUUGUCAUCAAACACUCAGGAGCUCAGUAAAGACAAGUGGCUCUGUCCUCUGAGUGGGAAGAAGUUCAAGGCUCCAGAGUUUGUGCGUAAACACAUCCUGAACAAACACGGGGACAAAGUCUCCGCCGUCAGACAGGAAGUCGUGUUCUUCAACAACUUCCUGCUGGAUGCCAAGAGACCCGCCCUCCCUGAGAACAAGCCCCUCCCCCCGCCAGCACAAGCCACGCCCCCUGGUAUGCCAGGGUUUCCUGGUCAGUCGCCUCAGCAGCAAAGCCUUCUGGGAUAUCCUCCAGGAGUCAGACCGCCAAUGCCCGGCUUCCCUGGCGGAGGACCCCCCUUCCCCCCCAACCAGUUUGGGGCGGGCCGUGGUAACUAUGACAACUUCAGAGGUCAUCAAGGAGGAGGAGGGUUUCCAGGGAAACAAAGAAACAACAACAACAGGGGCGUGCGAGGAGACCCCCGGCCCAUCAUCGAGUACCGAGACCUGGACGCUCCGGACGACCUCGACUUCUUUUAGUGAAACUGGAUGUUUGUUUUUUAAUCCUUUUAUUUUAUUUGUAUUCCUACAUUUCCCAUGAUUCCUUUCACCGAGGCUCCAUGCGUUUGUUUUUUUUAAAGUUAGGUGUGUGUGUGUGUGUGUGUGUGUGUGUGUGUGAGAGAGAGAGAGAGAGUCAGCAGGACCAAUGUUAUUAUUCAUGAUCUGAUACUUUCCAAUAAAGAAUACAGAGGACUGAU